UUUCCUGACUACCGAUGCUCCAAAAGGGCAGCGCACCAGACCAAGAAGCGAGCGCAAUUUCACCGGGGCGCCGCUUCGCUUUCUUCAGACGUUGCCCUCUAAAACCCAAAACCCCUACCACAACACUCGUUGUCUUCAUCCCACUCUGCGCGCCUUCGCCAAAAUUUUCUCGGCUUCUUUUCCAUCACUUUCUGGGAGAGGAAGGAAGGAAAGAGAGAGAGAGAGGGAGAGAGAGAGAGAAAAGAAAGUGAAAGUGAUGGUGAACCCAGAGGAAGCCGGCCUUCAAGUCUUGCAUCGCCUGAAAUCGACCGACCCUCCGAUAUGGCUCGCCCCCAAUCCCUCCCUUUCUCAAGAAACGCGGGCCGCCUCCCUCCACCUCUUCUCCUCUCUGAAACCCUUCUCCCCCAAGUCGCCGUUCGACCACCUCCUGGUCGACGGCUUCGACGCCGAGCAAAUCUGGCAGCAGAUCGAUCUCCAAUCGCAGCCCCUGCUGUCGAGUUUGCGGCGCGAGUUGAGGCGGUUCGAGAAGGACCCAGGUGAAAUUUCGAAUCUCUUUGGGGACGGCGAGGCUUCGGAGGGGAAAGGGAAGGGUCGUGGAGGAGGAGGUGGGGAUGUUAAAGAGAGUCAACGUGGGAAUAUUGAUGAUUUGGGUGGUGUGGGCAUGGAGGUGGAUGGGUUUGAUGAAAUUGAUGAGGAUGGUGAUAGUGAUGAAGAGGAGGACGGUGAAGAAGAAGGUGUUGAAGACAGAGGGGUUGAGGGUGGGGAGAGUGAGGAGGGGGAAGAAGAAAGGAAUGAUGGUGGGAUUGAGGAUAAAUUCUUGAAGAUUAAGGAAUUGGAGGAAUAUUUGCGGGAAGACGAGGCUAGAGAAUAUGGUUUGGAAGAUGCCACCAAGAAGAAUAAGAAGGAGAAGAAGGUGGUGACAAGUGACUCGGACGAGGAGGAAGAGGAGGAGGAGGAGGAAGAAGAAGGUGAUGAUGAUGAGCUCGGCGAAUUUGAUGUUGAUGAUGAGGAUGAUGAAGGCAAGGACAAGCUGGGAAUUAGAUAUGAAGACUUUUUUGGAGCUAAAAAGAAGAAAGUCACUCAAAGGAAACCUAAGUCGAGCGAUGAAUUAGGAUAUUCUACAGAUGAUGAUGAAGAAGAAGAAAACGGAGCAGAUGGAAACAAGGGAAACCAUAAUCUUUCUACCCAUGAGAAGGAACUUUUGGACCUUAAAGCCAAAAUUGAGCAGAUGGAGAAGUCCAAUUUGGAGCCAAAAACAUGGACGAUGCAAGGAGAGGUGACUGCUGCAAAGAGACCUAAGAACAGUGCCCUUGAAGUGGAUUUAGAUUUUGAACACAACGCUAGGCCUGCACCUGUAAUCACUGAAGAGGUUACAGCUUCUCUUGAAGAGUUGAUCCGGAGCAGGAUUCGCGAGGGGCAUUUUGAUGAUGUGGAAAAGCCUCCUAGUCUACCAACGAAAGGACCAAGAGAAAUUAAACAACUGGACGAGAACAAAAGCAAGAGAGGGCUCGCUGAAAUUUAUGAGGAAGAGUAUGCACAGAGAACAAGUUUGGCUUCUGCGCCUCUGUCUUUUUCUGAUGAGCUGAAAAAAGAGGCUAGCUUGCUAUUCAAGAAGGUGUCUUUGAAGUUGGAUGCUCUUUCUCACUUUCAUUUUGCUCCUAAACCUAUAAUUGAAGACAUGUCCAUACAAGCUAAUGUCCCUGCUCUUGCCAUGGAAGAGAUUGCACCAUUGGCAGUCUCUGAUGCAGCCAUGUUGGCACCUGAGGAGGUAUUUGCCGGCAAAGGUGACUUAAAGGAUGAAACAGAGCUAACACAGGCAGAAAGGAAGAGGAGAAGAGCUAAGAAGAAAAGGAUACAUAAAACUGCGGCAACAAAAAGGAUGGCAAAGAAGGGUAGAGAAACGGCAGCAAAUCGCAGCGAAGGCAAAGAGGAAUAGAUAUUGCGGAGGUUCCAUUUUCUGUCGAGGGUUUCCGUGUUCCUCUGAAACGAGAGUUGGGUAUAAUUGUCAUAUAAUGAGCGUCAAAAGAACGAGAGGGGAAGAAGAGAAUGGGCGGGCUCUUUUAGCUCCUCAUUGACCCAGGUCGAUGCCAAGGUCCACGAAGUUUUGAUUGGUUUGGGCCUGAAGUACAGAGAGACAUUGAAAAUAGAUGGAAGAUCUUUGGGGGAAAGUUACGUGGCGUGAUUAUGUAAGCCACUCUACUUCAUGUUAGUUUUGUGAUUGAAAGGAGAAAAUUUUGCAGUAA